AUCAAAGAGUCGGUGAUUGACUGCGUGGCCUGUAGUUUAGACGCUGCCAUCAUUGUAUCGGUGAUCGACUUUUUUCUAGUUUUCCAGAAAGAUGGCGGACCGGACGCCAGGCUCUCAAAAAGCUAGCGCAAAGGCGCUUCUUGAGAGCAAACUCAAGUCAUUCAGCAUCGGGAAGAUGGCAGUGGCAAAGAGGACCUUGAGCAAGAAGGAACAGGAUGAAAUAAAGAAAAAGGAAGAUGAGCGAGCAGCAGCAGAGAUCUAUGAAGAGUUUCUUGCUGCUUUUGAAGGAGGAGCAGAGGGUAAAGUCAAGACCUUUGUUCGUGGGGGUAUUGCAAAUGCAACAAAAGAAGAAGCAGCUGCUGAUGAGAAAAGAGGAAAGUUAUACAAGCCCAGGUCACGUUUUGAGUCCCAUACAAAAAGCAUCCUGCCUUUGGAGACUCCAUCUCAGUUUUUACCGUUAGACAAAAGAAACACUGUGAAGAAAAGUAGUGAAAAAGAAAAGAAGAAGAGCAACUUGGAGCUUUUCAAGGAGGAGCUUAAGCAAAUUCAGGAAGAAAGAGAUGAAAGACAUAAGAUGAAAGGACGGGUUAGUCGUUUUGAACCUCUGCCUGGAAUGGAAGGAAGACGCUUGGAUGGUUCUUCAAGAAGAAACCGUCCGUCCAGUGUAUUGGAUGACAGCGCCCCGGGUUCCCAUGACGUUGGAGACCCUUCCACCACUAACUUGUAUCUUGGAAAUAUCAACCCACAGAUGAACGAGGAGAUGCUGUGUCAGGAGUUUGGUCGAUACGGCCCACUAGCCAGCGUAAAGAUCAUGUGGCCGAGGACAGAUGAAGAGAGAGCUCGGGAGCGGAACUGUGGUUUUGUAGCCUUCAUGAACAGGAGAGAUGCUGAGCGAGCGCUCAAGAAUUUAAACGGAAAGAUGAUUAUGAACUUUGAGAUGAAAUUAGGAUGGGGCAAAGGAGUGCCCAUUCCGCCCCAUCCCAUCUAUAUCCCUCCCUCCAUGAUGGAGCAUACUCUCCCCCCACCGCCCUCUGGCCUGCCCUUCAACGCUCAGCCCCGGGAGAGGCUAAAAAACCCAAACGCUCCCCUGCUUCCUCCACCCAAAAACAAGGAGGAGUUUGAUAAGACUCUGUCGCAAGCCAUAGUCAAAGUGGUUAUCCCAACAGAAAGGAAUUUGCUCUCUCUCAUCCACCGCAUGAUCGAAUUUGUGGUGCGUGAAGGCCCAAUGUUUGAAGCCAUGAUCAUGAACAGAGAACUCAACAACCCAAUGUACAGGUUUUUGUUUGACAACCAGAGCCCAGCACACGUGUAUUACCGCUGGAAGCUCUACUCCAUACUACAGGGCGAAUCGCCAGCCAAAUGGCGAACAGAGGACUACAGAAUGUUUAAAAAUGGCUCUUUGUGGCGUCCACCUCCUCUUAAUCCAUACCUCCAUGGUCCUUAUGAUGAUGGUGAUGAAGAGGAGGAUGAAGAGGAGGCCAACAAGAAAGGCUGCUUGAAAGAAGAGGAGAGGGACAAGCUGGAGGAGAUGCUCCGAGGUUUGACUCCUCGGAGGGGCGACGUCGCUGAGGCUAUGCUGUUUUGUCUGAGCCACGCUGAAGCUGCUGAGGAGAUUGUAGAGUGCGUCACGGAGUCCCUGUCCAUCCUAAAGACCCCUCUACCAAAGAAGAUUGCACGGUUAUAUCUCGUCUCUGAUGUGCUGUUCAACUCUUCAGCCAAAGUGUCCAACGCGUCUUACUACAGGAAGUAUUUUGAGACAAAGCUCUGCCAGAUUUUCUCUGACCUCAACGCCACGUACAAGACGAUACAAGGCCACCUGCAGAGCGAGAACUUCAAGCAAAGGGUGAUGUCAUGUUUCCGGGCGUGGGAGGAAUGGGCCGUAUACCCCGACCCCUUCCUCAUCAAGCUGCAGAACAUCUUCCUGGGUCUCGUUAACCUCACCGUGGAAAAGGAGGCUCCAGGUGUCGUUAUUCCAGAGCCUGAGCCAGCAGAGGACCUUGAUGGUGCUCCCCUGGGUGAGUAUGUAGACGGCGCCCCAUUGGAGGAUGUGGACGGGAUGCCCAUCGAUGCAGGAACCCUCGAUGGGGCACCGAUCGACGGCGCCUCCCUGGACGACUUAGACGGAGUUCCCAUCAAGUCCAUAGAUGAGGACUUGGAUGGAAUCCCUUUCGAUCAGUCGAAGGAGGCAGCUUUCAAGGUAGCGCCGUCCAAAUGGGAAGCAGUAGAUGAGACGGAGCUAGCAUCUCAAGCCGUGACGACCUCCAAAUGGGAAGCGUUCGAGCAACCAGAUGAGUCAAAAAAUAGGGCUGAGGACAGCGGUGAGGAUGAGCGGAGCCCCCGCUCCGACGAUAACCAGACCUACUUCAAUCCUAUCCGAGAUGACUCCGACACGAAGGCCAAGAUGAACGAGGAGAAACGCAGCAAGCUCAGAGAGAUCGAGGUGAAAGUCAUGAAGUUCCAGGAUGAGUUGGAAUCUGGGAAAAGACCCAAAAAAUCAGGCCAGACCAUUCAGGAGCAGGUGGAGCACUACAGGGACAAGCUGCUACAAAAGGAAAAAGAAAAGGAGAAACUAGAGCGAGAGAAAGAGAAGGAGAAAAAGGAAAAGGAGAAAGCCGAGGCGCGGUUGAAAGAGCUGAAGAAGGAAAAGGAAAAGGACGACACGCCAACCAGAAAGGACAGGAAGCGACACCACAGUGGGUCCCCCAGUCCAACCAGGAGCGCCAGCAGACGCGGUCGGUCCGCGUCACCACGUUCUGAACGAUCAGAACGCUCUGAUCGAUCGUAUUCUAAAGACACAUCCUCCCGCGCGUCCCAUAAAGACUCUCCUCGCCCCAGCAGCAAAAAAUCCUCCAAGAGAUCUCCGUCAUCACCUCGCACACCUAAACGAUCGCGGCGGUCGCGCUCCAGAACGCCCAAGAAAGCAACAAAGAAGUCCCGCUCCAGAUCGAGGUCUCCUCACCGAUCCCACAAAAAAUCAAAGAAGAGCAAACACUGAUCCUUCAGUCGGCCUUCGUCUCAGAUCGGGAGGACAGCAAAGACUGGGGGGGGGUUGCAUGGGUGUCCAUUAAAUAGAUGGAGCCGCUGCUGUUUUAUAUUGUAAAAAAAUAAAUGUGUUUGAUUGUCCUAAUUCUCAGUAACAUUCAUCCACAUGGUAGUCCACGGCUGUAGAGCGUGAGGACGAGUCUUCAGACAUGGUGUCGGUUUCUGUUUUUGUAGUAUACAAUAAAACUAUUCCUAAUAAAAAAUUUGUUAACA